GUAUCAAGUCUGACGAGAAGAACCAAGAAAGAAGAACACUUCCCUUUUAAUAUUUCUGCGUUUUACCACAAUUUCUACGUUUUGUUCGACUAGAAGGCAGAUUAAGGCUCUGUUUAAGAAAGAGGUGACAAUCUGGUCAGAAUGCAGGCGAAAGAAGGGAUGAAACGUGGCGAAUCCCGCUGUUGUUGCGGGUGUUUGCAUGUCCGGGCCGGGGCCAUUAUGAUCGGGCUUCUACACCUGGUGUGUCACCUGUUGGGAAUGUUGAUCCUGGCCUACCUGAUCACCCAUCCUGAGGCCAUGCCAAAGGGUGACACCUGGUACAGUCUCAACUACAAUGGCAACGACACCACACGUGGCAGCGCUCCCCAGUGGUCCCCAUAUUACACAGUAAUGGGAGGAGAAUCUGAGGACAGAAAUGGGGACAACUGUGUUGCCCUGGCCAUCACAUUCUUCACCUUCACCAUGACUCUGCUUAUGCUGUAUGGUGCUAUAAAGCACCGUGCAGGCUACCUGCUGCCCUUCUUCUGUAUCCAGGUGUUUGACUUCACAGUGGGCUGUCUUACAGCCAUAGGCUUUGUUUCCUACAUGCCCAACAUCAGGACUUUCAUGGAACAAAACCCCAACUUGCCGUACCGUGAGGAGCUGAUGGCGAUGGACCCCCAGUACCUGCUGCUGAUCUGCAUGGCUCUCUUCUUCAUAGUGAUGAUCAUCAAGGCUUACUUCAUUGGAGUAGUGUGGGGAUGUUACAAGUACAUCACCUCCCGUAACCUCAUGGAGGUUAUUUACUGCCCCGACACCGAGGCCCUGCUUCCAAUGACUCCUCCCAGCUAUGACACUGUGACGAAGAUGCCUCCUCCACCGCCCUACACUCCAGCUACUGAGACAUAAACAACAACAGGAAACAACAACAACAAGCAUAACCUUCCUUACAAAGGAAGUCUGAGGAAAACCUGCUAAUGUUCAUGGAUUAAUAUAAAACACAGAUCAAAUACCUAUUUUCUCGCACCAAUUUUGCCUCUGGAUAUUUAUGCAAGUCAAAGGAAGGUUGCCUUGAGUUGUUUUCUCACAUUAUGGAUUUUGAGGAGAAAGACACAUUACUUUGUGGGUUUUAAAAAAAGGGCCAUAUCUUAGUUAAACUUAAAGAUGAUGAUUAUUAUUGACAAGCAUAAGUUACAUGUAUAACUGCUACAUGUCUAUGACUUUUAAGGCCAGUGGUGAAGCUUUGUUUAGAAACCAGAUUUUCUGGGAUUUUGGUGUAUGUAACCUUUCACUAGAACAUGAUCUAUUGCAACGUGCAAAAACUAUAUACAUGUAUAUUGAAUAAUUCUAUCAGCACAAUGUCCACGUAUAUCUACAGUAUGUAGCAAAGCUGUAUCAUGUAACUUCAAGGAUGAUAGCAAUCUUUAUACUUGACACUGAUGUAAUUGAAGAGAUUUGGUGUAUUUUCUGACCUUUGUACUAUUUCUGUAGAAUCAGUGUUGGCUUCCUAUUGGAGAUUAUGAAAAGUGAGAGAUGGUUUACAGAUACAUAAGUGCAAUUUGAAGGGCUGUGAUGACAUCCCAGGUGUCAGUGGCAAGUCCAGUUCUGAUUUGAGAUUUGGAAUGUGGUAAAAAAAAGUCUUGUGACUUGCAGUGCUUCAUUACUGGUUCGGGCAGCCAAACUGACUCAAGGUGGGAUUUCAUGAUGUGGAAAUGCAAAGGGAUUGAUCGCAAAUGGAAGCUAAAUUACCCUUGAUAUGUUUAAUCUCAAAAUCUGUUUUCUGGCUUCCCUGAUUAUUAUGUUUGUAGUACAUGUAUCUGCAUAGUGAAUCAAUGGUGUGACAGAACAUGCUGCAGCCAGUAAGGACAAAAAUGUGUCCUCCUUUCCUGUGAAGUAUAAAAUGUACCUGCCUUGUAUUUGUAAUUUACAUUAAUAUUGGAGCCUGAAUUUACAUUGAAACCAAGCUGUUUCCCCAUACAUACAGGAUUACAAGUAAUAUGUGGGAAUCAAUCCAUCAUUUGGCGUAUGUACAUGUAUUUGCUAGCUUGAGAAUCAGAAUUUCUGAAACCAUCAGUGAGAUUUGCUUCUCUUCCACCAUGUGUUACAGAGUUAUCCAUGGAAUGACAACAGAUGCAGCAGAGAAAACUUUAUAAGAAUUUGUGUUGUCUGGUCCUAAGAUGUAAAUACAUCUAACUUGCAAAUUCAUUUUAAUUAUUUUAAGUUUGGGCCAUUACAUAUAUAUAUAGAGAGAGAGGGACCUAUAAAAUUUAGACUCAAUAUGGUGAACAGUAUGCAUCUUGCUACCUUGAAUAAAGGCUAGUCUGCCGAACUUA